AUGUCCCACCUCACCUACUCGUCCUACGCAGGCUUCGGCCAACGCGCCCUGCAAAACACCCACUACCAACAAGCCGUCCUCCUCCCACCAGGCCCCACCCUCCACAUCUCCGGGCAAGGCGGCUGGGACAGAACGACCGUGGCAAUCCCCAGCGACAUUACCGCCGAAGUCGAGCAAGCCUUCGACAACGUCGACCAUACUCUGAAGGACGCCGGAGGAAAGGGCAUGGAGCAGGUUUACAAGCUGGUGGUGUAUUGCACGCUGAUGGAUGAUGCGGUUGAGGGGGCGUUGAAGGCGGGUUUGAGGAAGUGGUUUCCGAAGCAUCAGCCGAUUUUGACGGGCGUUGGGGUGGCGAAGUUGGCGUUUGAGGGGAUGCAUGUUGAGAUUGAGGCGUCGGCGCAUUUGGGGUAG